AUCUAGUAGGUUGUGUCGGUACUGGCACCCCCCCAACCCCAUUUUCUCAAUAAAACUUCCGCCACACUCAAAAUUCCCUCCUCACUCCUACUCUUCCCAAACUCAUUUCUUGAUCCUCUUCAGAGCUCUUGGAUCAGACACCACAAUGGAUUGGAAAGGCAGGAGCGCACUCUUUGUUCAGCUCAUUGUUGUCACAUGUAUUUUCAACGUGAUUGAUGCUCUGAACUUCAAGAACAAUACCCAUCAAGCAGAAUACGGUCAGUUCCUCAUUGCCAAUGGCGUUGCUCGUACACCUCCAAUGGGUUGGAACAGUUGGAAUCACUUCCACUGCAAUAUAAGUGAAGCCACAGUGAAGACCAUUGCGGAUGCUCUUGUUUCGACUGGCUUGGCAGCACUUGGAUACAACUAUGUCAAUCUAGAUGAUUGUUGGGCUGAAAGAAACAGAGACAGUAGUGGUAACCUAAUAGCAAAAUCGUCAACUUUUCCUUCUGGAAUCAAGGCCCUUGCUGAUUAUGUUCACGCAAAGGGUUUACAACUCGGCAUAUACUCUGAUGCUGGUUAUUAUACUUGCAGCAACACAAUGCCAGGCUCACUUGGGCACGAAGAGCAAGACGCAAGAACCUUUGCUGAAUGGGGUGUCGAUUAUUUGAAGUACGAUAACUGCAACCAUGAUGGUUCUAAACCUCAAAUCAGAUAUCCUAUAAUGAGUUCUGCAUUGCUAAAGACUGGAAGGCCAAUCCUGUACUCCAUAUGCGAAUGGGGACAAGAGGAUCCUGCGAAAUGGGCUGGUCAGUAUGGGAAUGCUUGGAGAACUACGGGAGACAUUCAGGACACUUGGGAAAGUAUCACGUCGAUUGCAGACCAAAACAACAUUUGGGCUACAUAUGCAGGCCCUGGCAAGUGGAAUGAUCCUGACAUGUUGGAAGUGGGAAACGGAGGGAUGAGUGUAGAGGAGUACCAAUCUCAUUUUAGCAUUUGGGCAGUCAUGAAAGCUCCUUUACUUAUCGGAUGUGACAUCCCAUCUGCGAGCAAGGAAACUCUUCAGAUUCUCGGAAACAAAGAGGUUAUUGAUGUUAAUCAGGAUUCACUCGGAGUUCAAGCGAGGAAACUGCGAUCCAGAGAUGACCUAGAAGUAUGUUGCAAUGGCAAAUGCUGCCCUUUUCCUCCACUUCAGCAAUUUAGAUUACUGAUUAAUCAUGCUUGUGCUGCAAGGCAUGUGAUGACUUUCAAUUUGAUGCAGGUGUGGGCAGGACCGUUAUCAGGGAAAAGAGUGGUGGUAGUGUUGUGGAAUAGAGGCGGGUCAUUAGCUCCUAUAACUGUGACAUGGGAGGAAAUUGGACUCUCGCCAGAUACACCUGUUAUUGUUAGAGACUUAUGGACGCACUCAUUUAUUUCGAGGAACAUGCAUACUAGUCUGACUGCAAAUGUUGCUUCUCAUGGUUGUAAUAUGUAUGUCCUGACUCCUUAAUUAGUCCGGAAUACGAAGUAUAAGAUGAAUCAAUCAAUCGCCCAUACCAUAUGGGACUAAUAUCUUCAAAUACUUAAUCAAUUAAAUAAAUAAAUAUCUGUUGAAUUUUAUGGUUUGACUUGAGAUAUAUUUUGUAAAUUGAAUGAGAAAUCAUGGGAUUGCUUGAAUGAAUUUCUACAUAGCUCUUUUUA